AUGAUUGGUCAGGCUCUGCAUUUCAAAUACUUUCACGCGGUAAAUGUACCGUCCGCAAUUGCACGAUAUACCGAUGAGGUUCGUCGUGUGUAUGGGGUACUGGAAAUGGCUUUAAGUGAGAAAAGAGAGGCUUUAAUUAUGGAAUUGGACGCUGAAAAUGCAGAAUCAUACUCUCAGGGACUCACACCAAUGAGUCAGAGUAGAUACUUUGACUCUCCAGUGUGGCUAGUAGGUGAUAGAGUUACUAUAGCCGAUUUGUGCUUUGUAACAUGGAACUACGUUGUGGAUCGAAUAGGUAUAGAUUUAAAGGCUGAAUUCCCGGAGGUUUAUAAAUGGACAAAGCAUAUGAUGCGGCGACCGGCCGUCAUAAGGGCUUUACGGGGUGGCGAGUAG